AACUGUAGUUUAUCUGUUGCAGGGACAAAGAAGAAAGCUGCGUGCCCAGGACUUGGUCUGUUUUAUACCAUACUGUCUGCCUUCCUUUUCUCAGUGGCCUCUUUAUUUCUUAAAAAAAUAGAAGAUGUACAUUCAGUGGAAGUGAGUGCAUUUCGAUGUGUUUUCCAAAUGGCAUUUGUUCUUCCUGGUUUAAUAUACUACAAAACAGGGUUUUUGGGACCAAAAGGUAAAAGAAUUUUUCUUUUCUUCCGAGGAUUCCUUGGCUCUACUGCAAUGGUUCUUCUCUACUACGCUUACCAAGUAAUGCCAUUAGCUGAUGCCACUGUUAUAACUUUUACCAGUCCUGUUUUUACAUCGUUGCUGGCAUGGAUCUUUCUCAAAGAGAAAUACAGCCUUUGGGAUCUUCUGUUUACUCUCUUUGCAAUCACUGGAGUGAUUCUUAUUGCCAGACCACCAUUUCUGUUUGGCUCACGUGUUACGGGGAUUGAAGGAAGUUACUCAGAACACCUUAAAGGAACUAUAGCAGCAAUUGCAAGCACAUUAUCAGCAGCUUCAACUAUUGUUAUACUAAGGAAGGUGGGAAAAUCCGUGCAUUAUUUCUUGUCAAUUUGGUAUUAUGCAGUCAUCGGAUUAAUUGGAUGUGUUAUAGCACUGUUUGUUUUGAAUGAAUGGCGUUUACCUCACUGUGGUAGAGAUAGGGUUUUUCUAAUAUUAAUAGGCUUGUUAGGGUUGGGAGGUCAGAUAUUUCUCACAAAAGCAUUACAGAUAGAAAAAGCUGGACCUGUAUCAAUAAUGAGAACAAUGGAUGUGGUGUUUGCUUUUAUUUUACAAGUUCUUUUUCUCAAUCAUCUACCAACUUGGUGGACUGUGGGUGGUGCCCUUUGUGUAGUGGCCAGUAGCUCUGGAACUGCCAUUCGAAAGUGGAGACAUAGUGUGAAAAAAGCUAAACAGGGGGAAAUCUAACAAUAUUGACACUACUUCAUUACAGAAACAAGCAAUCUUGAAAGAUAUAUAAGUACAAUAUUUAUUUAUAUUUAUUUUAAACAUCCCAUCUACCAAAUUGUAGUACCAAUUUAUGUCUAAUGAAAUAAGUUGACUUUUUUUUUCACCAAAAUUUAAGAUGUUUUAGCAGCUGAUGAGGUAUACACUUUCCUUUCUUACAUUUAGGCAUGCUAAUAUGGGCAGUAGAAAGAUACUUAUAAAUUUUUGCUUCCUUUCAAAAGUGGUCAAUAUGUAUUUUCCUAAAGUUCCUGACUCUUCAUUUAGACUCUUCCUUUAUUUUUCAGAGCAGUGGAAAUAAAUCUCCCAGACUUAAUACUAUUCUGUGCUUGAUUACCACAGGUAUUGCAGUACAAAAGUUAGAAGGGAAUGAAGAGUUGAUAAUCCUUAAACAACCAGCUUUUAUAGAACAGAUAAAGAUUGUACUUCUGUAAGCAUUCUAAUUAUUAUUUUGCACAAAACAGAUGCUAAAUGAGGAUUUAAUUUUAAUUUGGAUUCUAAAAGAACAAAAGCAAUUUCCUUUUUCCAAGUGAUAUAAAGAGAAAAUUAACUUGUGAAAAUUACCUAUCAGCUUUUCUUUUUUAAAAAAAGAAUUUUACUUGUUUGCACUUAAUUCACAGAUAUAGUGAAACAACCUAAUGACUUUUUUUUUUUUUUCAAAAGUGAUUUUCCCUAUAAACACGUCUUUAGUUUUGUAAGACUGCAGUCUCAGUGAUGAGAGACAACAGUUAAUUCUAUGCCAUGCAUAAAUUAGCCCUUUGUUCUGGUAUGGAAUGCUGUGCUGUAGCUGCACUUUUCUUUACUCUAUGCAAAAGAUUAUAGUUUUUAGGUAUUUAAUAUAGGUUAUAUUUAAUGCUGCUUAUGACCCCUUUUAGAUUCUUCUAUACAAAAGUCCUUUAUGAGACCAGGUUUGAGUCUCCUUUGCCUACAUAAACUUAGGAGGAUUUACAUUAAGCUUUUGCCUGUUUUCUUAAGAGUGUACAAGAGUGCAAUGUAAUUGCAGUUCCACAGAAAAUGCAGGUUGGCCAAGGUCAUACAGAGAUUCUAAAGAAGAGGUUUGAGGAAAGCUUGGUGGAAGGGUGAUGCUGUGCACACACAUCACAUCCAGGCAUCCACACUGCAUCAGAGAGUGCUGGUGGGCAACUUCAGUCCCACUUAUCAUGCUGGCCCUUUUGUGUCUGUAUCACUUCUCUUACACAUCUUCUCACUUUUGUAGGCAACAAAUACUAAAGAAAAAUACUUUUAUUACUGAUCUUGGUGUCCUUCACAUUUUAGGAGGAAUAAAUGUUUAGUAUCAGAAAGUGGGAUUUUCCUAAGUUGAACAUUACAUACUUUUGGGUCUUGUCUCAGUAUAGUUCAAAGAAAAUUUUAACUUGAAUCUUUAUUUGGUCCUUUGUAUCUUGAGGGGGUUUUCAGUUACUUCCUCGCUCUAGUGUUUUUCUAAAAGAGAAUGCUGCGUUCUGUACACUUGAUAGAUGUUUCUUUCUAAAUCACUAAAGGUGGUGGACAUUUUCUUAUUUUGAUUUAUUGAUGUCUGGUCACAUGUCUUUUCUUUUGCCAAUAAGCAUUUUGUCCAGAAGGAUGCUGUGACAGUAUCAUAAGCUCUGCUGAAGUCCAGAAAGAUUACAUGUACAGGCUUUCCUAGAUUGACUAGGUGGGCUACCCUGUAGUAGAAGGAAAUCAGGUUUGACAACCAAGACUUACAUUCAUAAAGCCAUGCUGGCUGGGACCAAUGAUUGAGUUGUCCUCCAGGUGUUUUUCAUUAUGUCACAGAAAAACCUUUUCCAUGUACCUGGAUAUGAGGAGCUGUCUUUGUCCAAGUUUCUGUAGGUAAAACCUGUACCCCGAAUCUGGCCGUGUUUAUGGAUAUUAGAAGAUUCCACUUAAGUGGUAGAAUAGGUUCCUGCUUUGAGCUGUCCUCUGCUUUUCCUGAAUGCUGAAGCUCAGCUACUGCUGACAAGGUCAGGAAACUGCUUUACUAUCUCUUAAAAGCCUCACAUAACAAUAAAAUUCCAGUUUGGCACCCUUUUUGCUUAAUACUUGAAACUGAACUGGGAUUGUUUUUCUGCUGCUUCACCAUCACUGCUGUUGAGCAACAGCUUUCAGGGGAGGGAAGGAGAACAGACUUCAUUUUUUUACUGCUUCACUUCAUGUGUAAUAUGCAUGUGUUUGAAUUGCCACUUAUAAAGGUGUGGUUCCAAAGCAGUUCAGAUUGAUGCAAACUUGGAUUGUCAGCUAGCCCUGCUCUCUCCUCUUGGCUCAGUGCUUAUGUGGUUAUGCGAUGAGCUACCCCUGGGAGCUGAUCCAGUACAUAUCUUUUUAGUAAGGUUGUUGGAGAGGGCAAAACCAGAGUAGCCUAAACUUGAUGACAGUAUAAAAACAUUAGGAAAUAGAAUUAGGUAAUAGUUUAAAUUACAGCAUAAGAAUGCUGCUUUGUCAGUACAGAAUAAAGAUUAUGUGGAAGCUUACAUUAAAAAACAUCUUUAGUUUGGAUGAUUUCAAUGAAUCUUGUUUACACCUAGUAGAGAGGAACAGAUUACUGAAGAAAGGAUUGUUUUCUUGCCCUUAACACAUACAUGAAUGUAGAAAAUAUGCUACAUGGCCAGAAAUCAACAUCUAGGUAGAGUGGUUUGUAAUUUUUUGUCUCAAGUUCUAGCAGAAACUUGCAAUAUAUUUCUUGUGCCAAAACCCCCAGAUGACUGGGGUUUUUUCUUUGUUAAACAUACAGGGUUUCCUUAUGGCUUCAUCUGCUUAUUUCCUCUUGCAGUUCUUAAACCUUGCUAAAUAUUUAAGUUGUUAAAAUAAUAAUCUAAACUACAUCCUAUGUUGGAGGAUGUAUGUUUUGGAACAUUGUUUUGAUUUUGAUCAAUCUUUUAUGGAACUGUUUAACUGGAAUGAGAAUGAAGGACUUGACUAAGGCUUCUCUAUCCGUAAAGCAUGACAAGGUGGUUUCUGUAAUUGGUUUCUCUGGAUGAUGCUGGGAAGGAAAGACAUUUAAGCUUUAAGUUCUUCAACCACCUCCAUUUUAAAAUUUUUUUUCCUUUCAAAUAUAGACUUAAAACCUAAAUAUUAGUUGCAAGCUUUAAAGGUAAUGAAACUACAAAAAUGUGGAUACCAUGAAAUGCUGGGAUCUUUAAACUGAAAAUAUUUCUUAAGAUUUCUGUUAGGAUGGUAAAACUUUUCUUCAAAGCUUAACAGUUUGAAAAUCUGAAAUGAAACUGGCUGAGCCUUCAUUCUUUUAGACUCUCAUCUUUUUUAGCUUUUUAAUACAGCAAGUUUCUCAGGGUCAAAAGUUAUUUUUCUGAGCUUUGAGUCAGAAAUAUAUUGAUGUUCAUUGUAGUGUCCUGUUGUGAUCUUUACUUUAAAGUUGGAUAAAUAUACUAUUCUAAUAGAAACUCCUUCCUAUGUAAUAUGAUGGAAUAUUUUUGCAUUGCAAUUGCUUCGUUAUAAUGUUAAGUUUAUCUUGAAUUUCAACAUAUUCACUCAAUGUUCUGAUUUCAGUGGAUCCUGAAUAGAAAGAGUAAUAACUAAUUACUGGUUAUUUUGCACAGAAACAUAGGGAUAAAAAGAUUUAAUUGUUACUGAUGCAUCAUAAGUUUGGUUCCUAUGUUCUUUACUAUGCAAGACAUUGUAAUUGCUGGUAGUCUUCAGUGAGACUUUGCAGCCUUAAAGCCUUAUGUACCUAACUCUUCUAGAGAAAGCUGAUGGCUUUGUACUGUCACUGUGCAGCAGCCAAUUUCUUUCAGGUUAAGUUGGUUGUUUUAAGUAUGCUCUAAAAGCCCUUUAAAUGAGGGUAUUUAAAUACAUCUACACCAAGAAUUUGACAAGCUCAUUGUGUAGACAAGAGUGGUGUAUAUAAUUAAAAUGGAUUCCUGGCAUUUAUCUAGCACCAGGCAUGAAGUAACCUCAGCAUAACAGCCUUGGUGACAUUACUAGUUAACUGUGUAAUUUUUAUUCUGAAAACAGAUUCCCAAUUCCAAAAUGUGGUCCAAGAUGGUGCUUCCUGUAAUUAAUAAUAACAAAAUGGAUCAUACUUCCCUUGAUCAUAGUUUAAAAUAAACAACUACUCCCAUGGUAUUUUCUCUUCCUUGAGCUCUUGUUUAAGAGCUGUUGGAAGGUUUAUUUCUAGGGAGGCAGCCUCUUUAGAAGUUAUUUCCUUGCUAACUAGCAGUAGUUACCCAGGAAGAGUCUGUUUUUUAGUUCUCUAACCAUGACUGCCAUGGUAGGCUCAUCUGUGCAUCGCCUCACAAGGGUAAUAAAAACAUUGUCUCUGUCACUGCAUGGGUUCAGUGUUGGCACUGCUGACAGCAGAUGUGGACACUGACUUCAGCAGGACAUUGCAGCUACCAGCAGAAUGGUUUUGGGGUCAUAACUGCCUGUCCAUCCAAAGAAAAGUUGUGGCUUUAUGUUCCUGCAGAUGCAGGUGACUUCAGGGGGGAACACACAUAGAGUUCUAUGGUGAUAACUUCUGUAUAUCAGGAUAAGUAAUUUCUUAUGUUGUGUGAAUUACUGUUUGACAAAAAGGGGGUAAAAAUACCCUCAGCAUUAAUUAAAGGAUUUUUGCUAUGUUCUAUAUAUUGUUAAAUAUAUGUUUAAUUAUAUGUUUUGUAGAAGUUACUGGCUUUGUUAUGUAGUAGUAUAUUUUUAUAGACAAUUCUUAUAUAUUGAAAUGUUAAGAAUAUUUUCAUAAGAGAUUUAUAUUUCUCAUUGCUAAUAAAAUGAUCCUGAAGAAUUAAUCUCUUGUUUUGCUUUGAUUAGUGGAAUAUAACUGAAUGCAGUCAUUGUAAAACUUUAUGAAAGAACUGUUAAUCAAACAGCCCCUGGUAAACACCAAUAUAGACUUCAGAUUCUGCUAAUAUUAUCAUGCUGCAUCACUUUUUAUGCCUUGCAACAAGCUAGUGACAAAAUGAAGCUUCAUCAACUUCCAUACAUUAUUUUUCUUAACUGGAAACAUUGUAGCAUUGAUAGAUCAGUAAACUUUCCCAUGUCCAA